UCGUCCGCGCGUGCUCGUCUGUCGACCGCUCAAAUAGGCUCGUCAGAGCCCAGCGCAGCUCAGAGUCGGCCCAGGUGCUGAUUGAAGGCGACGCGCGCACUCCCAACGCGGACCACGACGACGCCUCCGGCGGCCUACCGGCAACAGCAGCAGCAGCAGCAGCAGCGGGACCGAAGCAACAGGUGACUGCGGUGAGCAUUGCUCCUCCGACUUGAGCUUGAGAUCAAGAAGAUGCGCGUCUACGUACUCCUCCUUCUGGUGGCCGUGGUGCUUGUGGCGCUCGUGCACGCGAGCAGCGCCAAGCGGCCGCAGCACGGCGGUGAGGGCGGCGUCGAGCAGCACGGCGCCAAGAAGCACCACCACAAGGAGCGCCGCCACGACGCCAAGCACCACGAAGGAAAAGGGCGCAAGGGCAAGCACGGAAAGAAGCAGCAGCAGCACGAGAGCUCUGCGUGGGCCUCCGAGCGCAGCGAGCAGCAGCAGUCUCAUCACCAGGAGCAGCAGCAACAAGAUGGCGAGCAGUCAACCCAGAAGGGGAUGGAGGCCGAGGCCACCAAGUCGACUAAAAACAAACAACAACACAAGAACAAGCAAGCCGGCAAGGAGGCUGCAGUUGACGGCAAGGGUCGCAAACAGCAAAAGCAAAAGGAGAAGCUGGGAAAAGACCAGGCUGCAACGCAGGAGAAGCAGUCAAAGUACGCAAAGAAGGUCGACAAGGUGAAGCAAGCCAAGGAACCUAAGCUGCAAAAGGAGGCGCAGCUCGACAAGGAAUCUGCGCAGCAGCCGGAGCCGGCCAAGUACCACAAGCAGGACGAACAGCCACAGCCCGCCGAGCAGCCUCAGCAGACGGCAAAGGACCUGUGUGCCGAGAGCAGGUCCCAGCAGCCAGGCUCCGCCUCAAAGUGCCAAACAGGUGCCCAGCAGGCCCCCGUGACCCAGGCCGCUGCCCCUGCUGUCGCCGGUGUAGGCCCUAGCCCAGUGUGCCCGCAGUCGAAGACGUCGAUGGGCCACGGCUGCGUACAGUCUUGCGCCUGUCCCGACACGGCCGUGUGCUUCGCCGCGACGGGCAACACCAGGGGUGUCUGCAAGCUCCCCGAGCCGGACGACCUGACCCGCGGCUCUUACCUUCCGUGAAACGCGAAGGAUGCAGUUUCAGUCUUCCAAUGACGAGUCAACUACCACUUUUUUCCCCCAGUAUUCUCCAUUUCCCGUGAUCCUUGUGUAAUGGAUGUGCACCCGCGGUCGUUGUUCCUCGUGUGUGCAGCAUCGUCUCAAAGGGACACUAAAGAGAGAAUCGAUGUGCCUCAUAUUAGUAAAUUAUGCUUUGAAAAUUUCCAAAUCACUGCGCUUGCCGCGAGAAGACGCUUGCUGAGCAAGAAAACGCGGGUGGCGACGCCACGUUGAAAUUCCCGCACCAAACGUCGUGACGACAUCAAUUUUGACGGCAUACACUUGAUCCUACGUAGUUUAACUAGUAAAAGUGAAGUACAUUGUUCUCUGACGGGGCCAUAGGGUUAAAUGCUAAGUUUCAGGAAAUUUCUUUGAGCCAAUGCCGCCAAAAUACGAAAAAAGAAACUUUGAAAUCCGUGACGUCACGCGCGGAGAUUUCGGCGGGAAAUUUAAAAAUGAAUCUUUGGCCUGCGUGUUCUCUUCAAAUAAUAAACCAAUGAUGCCAAAAUUAAUUACAGUAGAGUUAUCAGAGUACAAUUUAUCAAUCGGAACCGAUCCAUUGUUUCACUUUAGUGUCCUUUAAACGCUCGAGCAUGAACACUUUUCCUUUUUUUAUUUUUUAUUUGUUUCGGUGACACCACAGAGCACAGUGUGAAGAGCCUGCGCGCUCCGCUUCUUCCUUCUCUGACGUAAUGUGGUAAAAGCUGCUGCACCGUUGUUAGACGCACCAAUGAUUCUUUCGCGCACUUUCACUAAGCCUUAGUUGUUGGCAACCACAUUGCACCAUGUUAUCAGACUCACAAGUAUAUAUGGACGUCGUGUUCCAAUGCAUCAGAGCAGUUGUUUCAUGCAGUACGUGGCUAGCGAAUGGAGUGGAAGCACCCAAUGCUAGAGUUAAAUGUGCGAGUUUGUGCCGUACGUCUCAUUCUACUGUUGGAACGGUGCAGUGAAAGAUGCCUCCCAUAUAACGAAGCAGAUGAGUAUGAAUAGCUGUUGUAGACCGAGUGAAACAAGCCUUGCGGAGGGAUAGGGGUGACGUCAUUUCUUAAAAAAAGCUCCCUCUCGUUUUUUUUUUUCUUCGAGUGCUUGAUGGUAGUAAAGCAGGACUGAGCAAAGACUCACUGGGAUUAAUGGCACAGUUUCAGACAGCAGAAUGAAAAUACAGCCAGUUUUGGCCUGAUACACACUUGGCACGUAGAAGCCACUUUACAGUCCACGUAUCCUCUGGUAACACAGGACAAACACCGAUUCUACUACUUUGCUGUCACGGCUUCUGAAACUUGACUAGCAUGCAUGUGUGACUGUUGUUUAAGUUGCUCCGCACAGUGACGCGUAUACCCCCAGAAUAUGAUGUGGUUUUAUGUGGCUUUUCCCCACAAUUUCGAGCUUCCAGCUAUCACUACAUAGCCUAGACCAGAAACCACGCAUUUAUAUUUGGCCGUCUGGGGAUAUAUAUAUGCUACACAUGUCAAAAGAGGGUCUAACAUUCACAGCACCUAGUCCUUGUUUUUUAGCCUUCGUGACAACAUCUCUCAAUAACCACUUGUGCGUGACAGAGAAAUUCAGGAGUGUUUUCUUGUACUAUAGGUUGCACUGCACAUUUGUGUGUUCUUUCUCUUUACGACCAUGUGUAAAUAUUCUUUGUAUGAAUAAACGAAGAUGUUGUUGUAA